AUGCAUGAGUGGCAAUGCACAAUCCAAGGACAAAGAGACUUAAUCUUGAUUCGAGAUUUGCCAAUUUUUGCCGUCAAGGCAGCUGACAAUAAUAUCGGAGCGUUGUCGCACAAAGAGAUGGUCACUACAAGUGACACAGUUGAGCUUUCGGUGCAUCCUUCUCUCUAUUCAAUGCACCUAAAUCCCUCAAAUAUCAUGGAAACGAUGCUCACUCCAGUUGCCCCUCCAAACCUCUGGUUUGCCUUAAAAAUCCUUCGAUAUGCGUAUCCAACACUCGUCUUUUUCUACUUCUUCAUCGCGCUCGGCCGUACAGUGUGUUAUAUGCAGACGGAGAAAUCACGUAAUCAGGACCAAUAUGUCCGUCGUGGGUUGAUAUUGUGCUUAAUCGCCGGUCUCACUGGAACAUAUGCUGUCGAAAUUAUCGUUGCUAUUAUCAAAUCGUCAGUUGAAGGCUGGAAUCCUGGACAAGAUCGUGUUGUUUACCUCAUUUCAUCGCUUCUAGUUUUUAUGGUUGAGAUAAUCGCACUAGCGGACACGAAAUUUCCGGAAUGGUAUCCAUACUAUGGAACUUGGUUCAUCGGUCUCUUCGUGGAACUCUGUCUAAUCAUUUUCCCAAAUGUGUUCACCCCACCGACUAACUCAGCUUUUGAUUAUAUAUUUCUUACUGUUCAAGUUAUAAGGAUCUUCAAUCUUACUGCUCUACCUAUUAUCUACUUCUAUCUCCGUAAUUCAGACAAAACUCAGGACGGUGCUGACGCGGAACGCCAAUCACUACUGAAAAAGCCGUCCGUUCCGUCUAGCUCAGGAAGUUCCACCUUGAAUGGAAAUGGUUAUGGUACAACUGAUCAGACUACUGAUCAAGGUUCCCAGAGUGCAGAGGAUGAUUCGGAUACUGCUAGUGUGGCUUCAGAAGAUUCUUAUCUGGAACGGCAGCGCAAGUCAAAAGAGGCUGUUGCAAAAAGACUGGAGCAAGACGGUAACUGGUGGACCUACCUCAAAGGGUUUUCUGUGAUCCCGAUGGUCAUCGAUCUAGUCAUUGCAUUUAUCUAUUUCGGUGCCUUCGGACCUUACAUGUUUCUUGUCCUAGUCGUCACCUUCAUAUCUUACAUGUACGCAACCGUGAAAUUGAUUUCCAUGAGAGCCAAUCAACGCAGGGAUUAUAUAACCUUUUACAGAAAGGAAUGGACAGUUGGGCAAGAAUCAUUGGAUAGCUGGACAACUGCUAAUUUGUUUAACAUGGUGCCCUACGAGAACAAACGAUACUCGGGAGGGCCAUUGGCAUUUCUUGCCAAUGCAUAUAGAACGAUCUCUAGUUCCUUGAUAGAUGCCGAGCGCCUUCUUGAACUGUUCAAGACGGAGCCUUCGAUUAAAGAAACGCCCGGCGCUAAAGACCUCGAGAUUAGUAAAUGUGAAGUUGAGUUCAACGAUGUAUGCUUUUCUUAUGACGAACGAAAGCCUAUCUUGAAGAAUGUCAGUUUCUUUGCUCCGGGUGGAAAGACAAUCGCAUUUGUUGGUGAAACUGGCGGUGGUAAAUCAACAAUGUUGAAACUAAUGGAUCGUUUUUAUGACGUCAAAUCGGGAAGUAUCAAAAUCGACGGUCAAGAUAUUCGGGACAUCACGAUGCAUAGUCUUCGUAGCCAUGUCGGUGUUGUUCCACAGGACCCUACUCUAUUCAACGACACCAUCAUGAACAAUAUUCGAUACGCUCGUUUGGACGCAACGGAAGAUGAAGUAUAUGAGGCAUGUAAAGCCGCUGCCGUUCAUGAUAAGAUUUUGAAAUUCGCGGAUGGCUACAAUUCUAAAGUUGGUGAUCGUGGUGUGAAACUCUCUGGUGGAGAGAAACAGCGUGUUGCUAUUGCUAGGGCUAUUCUGAAACAACCAACGAUCAUUCUUCUCGACGAAGCUACCAGUGCUAUUGAUACAGAGACUGAACAGAAAAUUCAGGAAGGAUUCAAAGCACUGUGUAAAGGUCGAACAACCUUUAUUGUCGCAUCCAAAUCAAGAUCAAAGAGUCCUGCAAAGAAAGAUGCAACCAUUGUCAAUGAUCUGACUGAGCAAAAGAAGACGGUUGAUCUUGCGAAAGCGGUGAGAGGAGUUAAAGAUCAUAAUCACACUCAAGACGACCGAGAGGGGGCCGAGGAUGGUACAAACUCCAACAGUCAGUCAAAAGAUGAAACAAAACGCAGAGAAGAUGCACUCAAACCAACACCGAUGCUACUAAAAACGAACCCUUCAAAAUUGAGUGCCACAAGUCUCAAGGGAUCUAAGCUCUUUCUAUCGAAAUCAGAGCCCAAGGGCCCCCAAACUUUAGCUCAAACAAAGCAACUUCUUGGCGAAACUCCUCGUCCUAUUCCUACUCAUCGGCCUGUUACUACCCCUAGCUCAGCAACAAUCCCUCCGCUUUCUGCCUCUACCACUCCGCAUCCAGCUACCACGACUCCUCACCCUACCACCACCCACCCUUACAGUCCCCAACGCAAAUGUGUCUCAGCCCAAACAAUUGAUCAACCUUGUAAAGCUCAGUUAUCAGCAAGUCCUCCCAGACCUCCAAUCUUGAGCCAGCCACGAUCACUAUUUUGCACCGGUAAUUUACCACUUCCAAUCCAUGGGAAAAAUGUGCUUGAGCACUCCAAUCCGUGGAAUGAAGGACAUCCUUGUCAAUCUCCUUCUACACACUCGGUGCUUUCGCAUACUGGUUUCAAGCACGAGAAAAUACAUGAUGAAUGUAAGUCGGAGAGUGGUAAGGUAGAAAGUGGUAGAAUUGAGGGGAAUGUACAAGAAAAGGUGGAUAAAUUGGAUAAAGGACUACCUGAGGGAUUGCCCACAGGUGCAAUGUUUAUUCAACUACCCAAGCAGGCGAAUGUGCAGGUUAAGGAGAAGCAGUGCAAAUCAUCUACCGCUGAGAAUACUGCUAAAAGUACUGCGUCUGAGCUUACCCCUUUGCUCCCCUCCAAGGAAUCAUCCGUCCGAACCAGCCCAAAAUCCUCAGCUUACAAGAAAGAGACUAAGGAUUUCAAUAAAGGGUUGAAGAAACAAUCGGCAAAAGAAAGACGAAAGGCAGCUUCUUCCUCGCAAACUAUUAGUGAGCCAGUUGAAGCUAUAGCUCAAGUUCUUAGUGUCCAAACUGCUACUGCAAAACCGGGAAGCCCAAUCAAGAUUCAAACGAAAGAAGCAGUCAGAGAGCAAAAGAAAAGAGAAAAAGAAGAACGGAAAUCAGAGUCUUUAAGAAAGAAAGAAGAGAGUAUUAAGAAGAAAGCGGAGAAGAAAUUGAAAAGACAUGGUAUUGGUAAUGUUGUUGCUGCCGGUGAUGAGGGUGAAGUGACGAGUUAUGGAACUGCGACUUCGGAUUUCGCGACGAAUAGUUCGAUGAAUGCGAAUGCAAAUGCGAAUGAGGUGGAAAUGAAUAGUGUUUUUACCGGUGGUACGGAUGGAAUUGUUGAAGCUUAUACGGAUAUUCCGGCACAGAUUCAGAUUCAGAAUGAGAUUGAAGUAAGGGAUUUAAUGAUUCCUACCGCGGAACAAGUAGCUGCAGAUUCUCAAUAUCCUUCUAAAAAUCGAAGAAUGGACUCGAAGAGUGAACCUAGAAAUACCGUUACUUUUGAUCUAGAUGGUGCGCAUGAGGGAUCGCGGGAAACACAGGCAUCUAUAUCUUUGAUUGAUAGAGAUGGGGGCAUUGAUGCAAGUGAAGAUAGCACGAAUACUCUCGUUAGAAUUCCCCAAAUUAACAGAGGAAGCGGAGUUGGAAUAGGAAUAGGAAUAGGAAAUGGAAUAGGAAACACCAAACCUACAGAAAGAAAAGGUAUAUUAAAAAACGUCGCACAGGAAAAAAGAAGAGUUAGUGCACCAGCAAGAGAAAGUAUCAUGUAUGAUAUCCCGAAGAGGAGAGAGAGGGUUCCGACGCCGAUGGCGAUGGUGGGGGGGUUAAUAGGACCGGGUUUGGGGGGUUUGGGGGGUGGGAGUGCCGGUUAUGGAGGGGAUGGGGGAGAGGGAGGGGAGGGGGUUGCUGGGGCCUCCGGUUUCGUUGAAUUUGAAUUUGUUGGGGGGGACUUGGUUUGCGGGGAUUUGGAGGGGUUGCAGGAUUUGGAGGGUUUGGAGGGGGGAGAGCUCUGUGGCUGGGUGCUGGGGUUGGGGACUGCGGCUGGGCUGAGGAAAAUUUAUUUGGGUUGGUGUCGUUGA